UCCCUCCCCUCACCUCUCUUCCCCUCCCAUCCCUUUCCCUCGUCUUUUGCUUCCCCGUUCCCUUCUCCGUUUCCCUCUCCCCUUCCCCCCCGUCUCCGCCCCCGUGUGAUGAUGCAAAAGUGGGCGGCGUGCGGGCAACGUUCCCCCGGGGCUGCCUCGGCGCGCCACCGGUAAAAGUGACCUGACCUGCGUGAAUCUUGAGGCGGCGGUGCGGGGGCGGCGACGGGCGGCCAGGGUCACGGGGAGGCGGCGGCGGCGGUAUAAAGGCGAGUGUCGGCGGCGAGAAGCCACAACACAGCCGCCUCAGCCUCCACCGCCUCCACAGCCACCGCCACACACUCCACCAUGAGGCCCCUGCUCCACCUCCUCCUCCCCGCCGCCCUCUUGGCCGCCGCCGCCGCUGACGGUGGAUUUGGCAACGGUAACGGCCCCAGCAAUAGGUACAGCGCGCCACCUGUUAACGGAAACGGCUAUAGCAACGGCAAUGGCAACGGCUUUGGCAACGGCAACGGUUUCGGUAACGGCAACGGCCCCAGCACCAGCUACGGAACCCCCAACGGCAACGGCCCCAGCAGCACCUACGGGCUCCCCAACGGCAACAACGGGUACGGCCAGGACCCGCUGGCCGAGCUGGGCGAGAACAUCCCCGGCGGCGGCGUGCCCGGCGAGGACUACCCGGUGCUGGCCGCCGUGCCCGACACCGGCUUCUCUUGCGACGACCAGGCGGUGCCCGGCUACUACGCUGACGCCGCCCCCGAGGCCGGCUGCCAGGUGUUCCACAUCUGCCAGGAGCGGCCCGGCGGCCGCCGCCAGCAGGACUCCUUCCUCUGCCCCAACGGCACCGUCUUCAACCAGCAGUACCUCGUGUGCGACUGGUGGUUCAACUUCGACUGCGCCACCGCCGAGGGCCUCUACUCCGUCAACGAGCAGCUCUUCGCCGAGGCCGGCGGCUACGGCUACCAGGCGCCCGCCAACGGGAACGGCAUCGCCUAUGGCAACGGCAACGGUAACGGCAACGGCAAUGGCAACGGGAACGGCAACGGAAGGAACGGCUAUGGUAACGGAAAUGGCAACGGAAACGGCAAUGGUAGGAACGGUAACGGCAGAAAUGGCAACGGAUAUGGCGCCAACGGCAACGGGAGACCAAACGGCAACGGCGCCCCCUCCACCGCCUACAGCGCCCCCUUCUGAGGCCCCCCACGCCCCCUGCACCCCCGAGCUUUAGCUUCACGUCCCCCACCCCCCCCCCCCCCCCCCCCUCGCUCCCCGCCUGGCAUAUCGUCGCCGCCGCCGCGCACCAGUAUUUAUCAGACCGCCGCCGCCGCUUUGCUUUGUACAAUAAAUAACAUGAGCUA